UCUGACGAUCCGGGCGACAUGGCGGCGGAAGCGGGUAGCGAUUCCCAGCUAAGACGGAGAAGGCGCCGGGACCCGGAGGAGCCGGAGCAAACGGAGCGCAAAGAGAGGGAGCCGGCAGUGGCCGUCGCCAUGGCCCAAGGGAACGAAGAGGAUGAUGAAGAGCGCUGGGUUGGGCCUUUACCGGUAGAGGCAACAUUGGCCAAGAAGAGGAAAGUUCUAGAGUUUGAAAGAGUCUAUCUUGAUAAUCUCCCCAGUGCAUCUAUGUACGAGCGCAGUUACAUGCAUAGAGAUGUUAUCACCCAUGUAGUGUGCACCAAGACAGACUUUAUUAUCACUGCCAGUCAUGAUGGACAUGUUAAGUUCUGGAAAAAGGUAGAAGAAGGAAUUGAAUUUGUUAAACAUUUUCGCAGUCACCUGGGAGUUAUUGAAAGUAUUGCAGUUAGCUCUGAGGGAGCAUUGUUUUGCUCUGUGGGUGAUGAUAAAGCAAUGAAGGUGUUUGAUGUAGUGAACUUUGACAUGAUCAAUAUGCUGAAGCUUGGCUAUUUUCCUGGACAGUGUGAAUGGAUCUAUUGCCCAGGGGAUGCCAUAUCAUCAGUUGCUGCUUCUGAGAAGAGUACAGGAAAAAUUUUUAUUUAUGAUGGUCGAGGAGAUAACCAGCCACUUCAUGUUUUUGACAAACUCCAUACGUCACCUCUUACUCAAAUACGGCUAAACCCAGUUUACAAAGCAGUAGUGUCUUCCGACAAAUCUGGAAUGAUUGAAUACUGGACUGGGCCACCCCAUGAAUAUAAAUUCCCAAAAAAUGUGAACUGGGAAUAUAAAACUGACACCGAUUUAUAUGAAUUUGCCAAGUGCAAGGCUUAUCCAACCAGCAUAUGUUUUUCACCUGAUGGGAAGAAAAUAGCUACAAUUGGUUCUGAUAGAAAAGUUAGGAUUUUCAGGUUUUUAACUGGAAAACUCAUGAGAGUCUUUGAUGAAUCACUAAGUAUGUUUACUGAACUACAGCAAAUGAGGCAACAGCUACCAGACAUGGAAUUUGGCCGACGAAUGGCUGUAGAACGUGAGUUGGAGAAGGUGGAUGCAGUGAGAUUAAUUAAUAUAGUUUUUGAUGAAACUGGACAUUUUGUGCUAUAUGGAACAAUGCUGGGCAUUAAAGUUAUAAAUGUAGAAACAAACCGGUGUGUGCGGAUCUUAGGCAAGCAAGAAAAUAUUAGGGUGAUGCAAUUGGCUUUGUUCCAGGGAAUAGCCAAAAAACAUCGUGCUGCAACUACUAUAGAAAUGAAAGCUUCUGAAAACCCCGUUCUUCAGAAUAUUCAAGCUGACCCAACAAUAGUCUGUACGUCUUUCAAAAAGAAUAGAUUUUAUAUGUUUACCAAACGAGAACCAGAAGAUACAAAAAGUGCAGAUUCUGACCGAGAUGUUUUUAAUGAGAAACCUUCUAAAGAGGAAGUCAUGGCAGCUACUCAGGCUGAAGGACCCAAACGAGUUUCAGAUAGUGCCAUUAUCCACACAAGCAUGGGAGACAUUCACAUCAAACUUUUUCCUGUUGAGUAUGUAUUGUUUUUGUUGUGUUAUAUUUUUUGUGUACUUUCUGUUAAGGGCUUCAUGAUUCAGACUGGAGAUCCAACAGGUACUGGUAUGGGAGGAGAAAGCAUAUGGGGAGGAGAGUUUGAAGAUGAAUUUCAUUCAACUUUACGACAUGACAGACCAUAUACACUCAGCAUGGCUAAUGCUGGCUCGAAUACUAACGGAUCUCAGUUUUUCAUAACAGUAGUACCAACGCCUUGGCUUGAUAAUAAGCACACAGUAUUUGGACGAGUGACUAAAGGAAUGGAAGUUGUACAACGGAUCUCCAACGUCAAAGUCAAUCCCAAAACAGAUAAGCCCUAUGAGGAUGUCAGCAUCAUAAAUAUUACUGUCAAGUAAAUCAGAUGUAUCGUUUAAUGUGUAAAUAAAAAUACACAUAUAGUAAACAGGAUUAUUUUACAUUGGGAAUCUCUUAAGACUUGCUGAACAUACAAAUCAUGUUUCAAGGAUUGCAGUAUCGUAUUUUUAUAUUUUUCAUUAAAGGCCAUUUUUUAAA